AUGACUCGCCCUCAGAACGUUGGAAUCAAGGCUAUCGAACUAUACGUUCCUGGCCAGUAUGUCAGCCAGGCUGACCUGGAAUUCUUUGAUAAGGUCUCGUCAGGAAAGUACACUAUUGGCUUGGGACAGACCAAGAUGGCAUUCGUCAACGACAGAGAAGAUAUCUACUCCAUGGCAUUGACUGUCUGCAGCAACUUGCUUAAAAACUACAACAUCGACCCUAAUUCCAUCGGUAGACUGGAGGUGGGAACUGAGACGCUUCUUGACAAGAGCAAGAGUGCCAAGUCCGUGUUGAUGCAGCUCUUUGGCGCCAACACCGACAUUGAGGGUGUGGACGCCUUGAAUGCAUGUUAUGGUGGCACCAACGCUGUUUUCAACGCGAUCAACUGGGUUGAGUCCUCUGCCUGGGACGGCAGAGACGCGAUUGUUGUUUGUGGAGACAUCGCCAUUUACGACAAGGGUGCAGCCAGACCAACUGGUGGUGCAGGUACCGUCGCCAUGUUGAUCGGCCCAGACGCUCCUAUUGCUUUCGAGCCAAUCAGAGGUUCAUACAUGCAACAUGCAUACGACUUCUACAAGCCAGACUUCACUUCUGAGUAUCCUGUGGUCGAUGGUCACUUCUCGCAAACAUGUUACAUCAAAGCGGUCGAUGAAUGUUACGCCAGCUACUCCAAGAAAGCUGCUGCCAAAGGCUUGAGCAAGUCCAAGUUUGUUGGUGUGAAGUUCUUUGACUACAACGUGUUCCACGUUCCAAACUGCAAGUUGGUUGCCAAGUCUUACGGAAGAAUGCUGUACAACGACUUCAGAGAGGAUCAGUCUGGCUUCCCAGAUGUUGACGUGGGGCUUGCUUCCGUUGACUACGAAGCUUCUUUGACUGACAAGGCUCUAGAGAAGACCUUCGUCAAUGUUGCCAAGCCUCUUCACAAGGAGAGAGUUGCCCCAUCUCUGGAGGUGGGAACUAACGUCGGCAACAUGUACACUGGAUCUGUUUACGGAUCGCUAGCUUCUUUGUUGUACUACGUGGGCAACGAGGCUCUACAGGGUAAAAGAAUUGGUCUUUUCUCCUAUGGUUCUGGACUUGCUGCUUCUCUUUUCUCUGUGAAGGUUACCGGAGACAUAUCCCACAUUGUCAAGGUUCUUGACAUUCAACAGAAGCUUGACAGCAGAAUACAAAAGACACCAGAGGAGUACGAGGCUUGUUUGAACUUGAGAGAGAAAAUCCAUCUGCAAAAAUCCUUCAAGCCAUCUGGAGACAUCGAGUACAUUCCAAAGGGAUCUUACUACUUGGCCGAGAUCGAUGACAAGUUCAGAAGAAUCUACGAAAUCAAGAAAUAG